AUGACCGCCAUCCCACACCAGUGGGCGAAAUUUAGUUCAUUUGAAGAAAAAGCAUGUGUCGCACACCUGGUAUACCUACAUUCGUUACCGUCAGCGGUGUUCAAACUGACGUCUACCAAUACAACGGGGUUCAAACUGACGUCCACCAAUACAACGGGGUUCAAACUGACCUCUACCAAUACAACGGGGUUCAAACUGACGUCUACCAAUACAACGGGGUUCAAACUCUCGUCUACCAAUACAACGGGGUUCAAACCCACGUCUACCAAUACAACGGGGUUCAAACUGACGUCUACCAAUACAACGGGGUUCAAACUCGCGUCUACCAAUACAACGGUAUUCAAACUCACGUCUACCAAUACAACGGGGUUCAAACUCACGUCUACCAAUACAACGGGGUUCAAACUGACAUCUACCAAUACAACGGGGUUCAAACUCGCGUCUACCAAUACAACGGUAUUCAAACCCACGUCUACCAAUACAACGGUAUUCAAACUCACGUCUACCAAUACAACGGGGUUCAAACUCGCGUCUACCAAUACAACGGUAUUCAAACCCACGUCUACCAAUACAACGGGGUUCAAACUCGCGUCUACCAAUACAACGGGGUUCAAACUCGCGUCUACCAAUACAACGGGGUUCAAACUGACAUCUACCAAUACAACGGGGUUCAAACUCACGUCUACCAAUACAACGGGGUUCAAACUCACGUCUACCAAUACAACGGGGUUCAAACCCACGUCUACCAAUACAACGGGGUUCAAACUCGCGUCUACCAAUACAACGGGGUUCAAACUGACAUCUACCAAUACAACGGGGUUCAAACUGACGUCUACCAAUACAACGGUAUUCAAACCCACGUCUACCAAUACAACGGUAUUCAAACUCACGUCUACCAAUACAACGGGGUUCAAACUGACGUCUACCAAUACAACGGGGUUCAAACCCACGUCUACCAAUACAACGGGGUUCAAACUCGCGUCUACCAAUACAACGGGGUUCAAACUCGCGUCUACCAAUACAACGGUGUUCAAACUGACGUCUACCAAUACAACGGGGUUCAAACUGACGUCCACCAAUACAACGGGGUUCAAACUGACCUCUACCAAUACAACGGGGUUCAAACUGACGUCUUCCAAUACAACGGGGUUCAAACUCUCGUCUACCAAUACAACGGUAUUCAAACCCACGUCUACCAAUACAACGGGGUUCAAACUGACGUCUACCAAUACAACGGGGUUCAAACUGACAUCUACCAAUACAACGGGGUUCAAACUGACAUCUACCAAUACAACGGGGUUCAAACUGACGUCCACCAAUACAACGGGGUUCAAACUGACCUCUACCAAUACAACGGGGUUCAAACUGACGUCUUCCAAUACAACGGGGUUCAAACUCUCGUCUACCAAUACAACGGUAUUCAAACCCACGUCUACCAAUACAACGGGGUUCAAACUGACGUCUACCAAUACAACGGGGUUCAAACUCGCGUCUACCAAUACAACGGUAUUCAAACCCACGUCUACCAAUACAACGGGGUUCAAACUCGCGUCUACCAAUACAACGGGGUUCAAACUCGCGUCUACCAAUACAACGGGGUUCAAACUGACAUCUACCAAUACAACGGGGUUCAAACUCACGUCUACCAAUACAACGGGGUUCAAACUCACGUCUACCAAUACAACGGGGUUCAAACCCACGUCUACCAAUACAACGGGGUUCAAACUCGCGUCUACCAAUACAACGGGGUUCAAACUGACAUCUACCAAUACAACGGGGUUCAAACUGACGUCUACCAAUACAACGGUAUUCAAACCCACGUCUACCAAUACAACGGGGUUCAAACCCACGUCUACCAAUACAACGGGGUUCAAACUCGCGUCUACCAAUACAACGGGGUUCAAACUCGCGUCUACCAAUACAACGGGGUUCAAACUCGCGUCUACCAAUACAACGGGGUUCAAACUGACAUCUACCAAUACAACGGGGUUCAAACUCACGUCUACCAAUACAACGGUAUUCAAACCCACGUCUACCAAUACAACGGGGUUCAAACUCGCGUCUACCAAUACAACGGGGUUCAAACUCGCGUCUACCACUACAAUGGGGUUCAAACUGAUGUCUUUCUUAUACCCGACUAGUUAUAUGAUUUGGUAA